AUGGACCCACCUCCUCCAUCUCUUCAACCCCAAAUCUCUGCCGUCCAAUCCGCCACCGCCCGCCAUGAAAACUCAAUCGCCGCUGUCGAAACUCCUAAGAAAAAGGGCAAGAAGAAGAAGCUCUUCAAGGACGGCGCCUCCUCCUCUGCUUCGACUUCAACUUCGGGGUUCUCCUUCAGAGGAGCCGCACGCGUGGCUUGCAAGCGCCGAGGGCCGAAGGUGGUAGUCAAUGCGGCGUGGCGGAACCCUAGUUCCGAUGAUAUAGGGCAUCUGGUGGGGAUGUCAAUUGGGUUGGUUGUUACUGAGAUUCUGGAAAGUAUUGGUGAGCGAGGUGGAGGGUUGUCUUCUGAUCAUCUUGUUAAGAUGUGUGCUUCAGCUCUCAGAGAAUCUUUAGCGAAUGAUUUUGGGAACACGUUUGAUUGUUUUAUCGAUAAAUUUGAACAAUCAUUUGGGAGCACCUUAAGAACUCAUAAGUCGAUCAAAGAAUCAUCCGAAGGUAACACAAGAUAUAUCUCCAGCAAGCAUAACAUGGAAGAAUAUAGUCCACGUGUUACUCAUGAUGAACAAGAUGACUGUCUAAUAAGGGAAGCUUGUAGAAACAGUUCCAGUACAAAAGAAGUGAACCACAGUACAACAACUGAGGUUCGAUUCAGUUAUAGAGAUCAAUUGCUUCAUAAUAUGCUGACUAACCCUGUAAAUCUGGAGGUUGCCCGCCAAACCAAUCAAUUGGCUUGUAUUGCCCCGAGAACUGUUGAGUCCGUGACUAACCGAUUCAUGGCUAACAUGGAGCGUGCUAAUGAGCUGAAGGAAUUGGAGCUUCGUCUGAAAUUGGAGAAGUUGGAGGUAAAUAAGGAACAGGUAGCUCUCGGUUAUGAUUCAAAUCAUCUGGAGAGAUCAAAAAUAGCUAUCAAAGCUGAAAAAUUCAAGACUCAAUUAGAAGACACAAGACACUCUGAGCUCGUUAGAAAGUGCAUCGACUGUCUAGUUGCUGGAAUAUUUGUCAUGGUUGCAGCCCUGUUCUAUGGUACUUAUUUGUAUUCAUACAGAAGAAUAAGGGAAGCCACUGCAUCUUGUACACCUUUACAGGAUUCGAAAUCAUGGUGGAAUCCCAUGUCAUCUUUCAAUUCAGGUUAUCAAGUUCUAAGGUGUCAGGCUGAGGUAGUGAGUCGGAUGGUGUUUGGUUUCUUCAUGAUUUUUGCAAUUGCUUAUUUGAUCCUCCAGCGCUCAGCAGGUUCGAAACAGAGUAUGCCAGUUACUUUCAUAGUCUUGCUAUUGGGAAUUGCAUGCGGUUGGGCCGGCAAGUUUUGUGUAGACACAUUGGGAGGGAGUGGAUAUCACUGGCUUAUAUUCUGGGAGACUCUUUGCCUGCUGCAUUUCUUUUGCAAUGUCUUUACAUCAGUUUUGUUCCAUAUCCUGCAUGGACCCGUUGAUGUCUCUCCAGGGACGAAAGGAGAUUCAAUAUUUCCUUACUGGAUACGCAGAUUGGUGUUCUACGGCAUUACAUUCUUGUUUUUGCCAUUGCUUUGUGGCCUUUUGCCUUUUGCCAGCCUUGGUGAAUGGAAACACCAUUUCUUGCUGCUGGUGAUGUAG